AUGGCGACUUUGUUUACUACCGCGGUCAUCAUCACCGCGGUACAAGGACUGGCCUUCGAUGGCAAGCCGCCGAGGGCGACAAAUGCUGUUGUGCCGGAUCCGACGUAUCAGCUGCCCGAAAUCACAGAACCACCCAGCGUGCGUGAUUUAUUCAAGAGACAAAACGGACAGACGGUUCUCGUGGGACCAGAUAACACCUGUGGAUUCGUCGACGGCAGACCCGGCGCGGCCUACACUUGCGCCAGUGACUACACCUGCGCUCUGGUGACGACUUCGUCCGGCGGCGCCAUUGCGUGCUGUGACAGCAGCGACUGUGGUCUCCGCGUGGACUGUCUCGAUUAUGUGGACAUCUACUAUAGUAGCUCGUGUAACAACGGCUGUCUUGCAGACACGUUUACGGCCAAAUGCACAAAUAUAGAUUACCCCUAUUGCGGAACGGUCACACUCUUUGACGGGAUCAUCGACUAUUACUGCAAUUCACUCAGCAUAUCAACACCAGAGCAGCUCUACACUACCUAUGACGGUGAAACCGACGGGCGAAGCUUCACCGAGGUUGUCGUCACGCUUUCCAGUGACACUUUCGCAUCGGAAGCCACACAAAAUUCGGGUAAUGACGGCGACGAUAACACACAGACCUCUCCUAUAAACUCCCCAGCUGCGAGUCCCUCGUCUGGUGGCGGCACCAAGGGCGGUUCAUCCAGCUCACCAAACUCAUCAGGUUCGAACUCCGGCUCGUCCAAAUCCUCAACACCCAUCGGUCCCAUCGUAGGAGGCGUAGUCGGCGGAGUCGCCGUCCUCGCCCUGGUCGGCCUCGGUCUCUUCUUCAUCCUCCGCCGCAACAAGAAGAAUAAGAACAAGGACCAACCAGCACAAGAAAUGAUGCACCAGGCACCCGGGCCCAACGGACCGACACCGCCCGUGGUGGCCGGUGGCUACCAGCAGCCCCCCUACAAUAACAACGCGCCCUACGGCCAGCCGCAAUACGCAACACCAACACCGCCGGCCCAGUCCCCACCACAGGGCUACUUUGCCGCCGACCAGAAGCCCAACGCCUUCGUCGGCCUCUCGCCCGCUUCGCCCGACAGGAACAACUCCACGAGCCCCGUGUCGCAGAUCACGGACGCGAAUCACAGCAGGCAGAACGUGCAGCCGACGAGCCCGACCAGCACGGUCAACUCGUGGGGGGCAGGGCAGGCGUCACAGACGGCGUUCCAUGGCGCCCAGCCUAGUGUACCGCCUACGGUACAUGAGGCCGGUGGCAACGUUGUCGGGGAGAGGGGUUAUGAUAAUCACCGGGGGCAGUUCCAUGAGCUGGGGCCGUAA